ACCGGUUUAGUAACGAUACAAAACCCUCAAAUGGUUUCUCAAAUGUGCUACUAUACCCUUUUGGGUUUAGAAACAGGAAUGAAAAACCGUUUGGGUUUUUUAAACUGCCUAUUUUUUUUAGAGAGUAGUGCCAAUAUGUUGACAAGGCUCGAUUCACUGGAUGCUCCUCUUCAAAAGUAUACGUCCAGUUUUUUGAAAUUUUGUUUCGUUCCUCAGAAAAUUCAUUUUUUCUAAAUUAGAGACGAAAAGGUCGGAAUUCUACCCGUAAUUCUCAAUUUUCUCGAUCAGAACUCAAGUUUGGAGCUAUAAAAAUAUCAUAUUCGGAAUCAUGAUAAAAAACUGAGUCGGCUGAUGUAUAUUUCGAAAUCUUCAGUUCAAUUUCAUUUUUUCGUAAAAAUCUCGCUAACUUUUCAACGUGAAAGUUCGAAAAAAAUGAAAUUGAACUAAAGAUUUCGAAAUAUACAUCAGCCGCGUUGUGUGGCACCCACAUGCAGAUGUGUGCCCUCCGGUUUGCGUUGUGAGAGAAUACAAGAGUUUUAAAAAGGAGGGGCCCGCUUUUCAUUGAUUUUGGCCCACUGCUUUUCCGACCUAGUCUUGAUCACAUUUUGUAGAGAAAACGAUUUUACACAUUUUGAUGUGUAUAUGUACUAUUAUAACCUUAUGGUGACUUUUUAAAUUAACUUUUCUGAGAAGAUACAUAAAACAUAUCGAUGCUUAGCAAAAACGAUUUUGUUCGAAAUCUAGUACUAAGUUAUCCUAAAGCUUGAUACAGAAAAAUAGCUCUUCCAAAACUCUACACUAUUCCAAUUAAACAGAUCCUACAUAUCACUGGCUCAAUCCUUUAUAGGUCAAAUAUGAGCCCAAUGAUCCCUAAAAGUCAAUACAAUUGAUGUUUUAGCCGUUUCACUCCCAUAAAUGAGAGAGGAUGCAACUAGUCUUUAGUACAGAAAAAUAGCUCUUGAAAAGCUCUACAAUAUUCCGAUUAAACAAACCCUACAUAUCAUUGGCUCAAUCCUUUACAGGUCAAAUGUGAGCCCAAUGACCCGUAAAAGUCAGGACUUGGUCAGGACCUAAGACAUAAGCCUUAUAAAAUGAUUCGUGCUGCCGAUUUUCUUUGCAUUUUUGGUCGCUAUGAACGUUACUUUGCCGGAUAUGUGUCCGCGUACGCUGCCUGUGUCGACAUGGAUACUCUAUGGCGUGUUUUCUUAUAUCUAUGUCAGAUAAGCGAACUGAAUGAAAUUAUUCAAAAGCAUCUCCUCCUGAAAGUAAAUGAACGCAUUUUCAGCGUCAAUCAUACAAAUUUUUUCGAUUACGCACAGUUAGCCGAUAGGACCAUGGAAAAGAUGAAGGAAGAGAAACGUCUUCUCUUCGGAAAAGUCUAUAUGGUUAUUUUCAACACUUCCAUUACACAACAGCUGACAGAUGAGCGACAUCGAUAUCUAUAUUAUGAAUCAGAUUUCGAAAGAUUGCUGAAGAUCCUUAUCCGAUCCUCAUUAUCAAUGAAAGAUGCGUCACAAGAACCUUGUUUCUCAUUGAUCAUUCAAAAUUUUGUAUUCUUGAGCGAUAAAGAUUACAGCAAUUCAGAAGAAAAACUGAAGAAUUUAGUUCGCAAGCUGAAUCGGAUUUGAUAAAGAAAUUCUCGGUUCGAUCGAUCCGAAAGAUGUUAUCCGUAACGAUUGGAUUCAAGGCUCCCUGUUGUUCCAUGAUCCUCAAGACUUCGUGAAUAAGUUAGAUACUGAUUUUUAUCGAGAUCUAUGUGAAAGGAGUGUGAGAAAUCCAUGGGUUAUCUACGCUUGGGACCAAAUCCUUCAUUUGAGUUUUAUGAAACCAGCAUUUGACAAUGCCAAAGAAGUUCUGGAGAAACUGAAUGAGUGGAUGAAAAUCGUUAAACAUGAUCGAUAUGACGAAAAUGAUAGAUUUAUCAUUAUUUUAAUCAAUCAUCUAUUCAAUCAAGUGAUUUCACGACAUUCUAAAUUGACUUGGUCACUGCCAAAGAUUGAGAACAUUAUGGAUUUUAUCCUUUCAUUGCGAAAACAAAACGAUGAAAUGGUCCAUUUCGUUCAACAAGUAGAACGGUCGAUCAAAAAUGUUCUAAAACUACAAGGUAAGCUUUAAAACAUGAUGUAACACAUAAUGAAUGUCUCUUUACAUUGUUAGAACCCUGUUCGGUGUACGUUGAUCCGUCGCAGGAAUCUAUCGUUGACUGUUUUGUUGCAGAUUGUGAUCUUAAGUCAAUUGUAGACUCCGUGAAUCCACAGGCCUUCAAAUUUCCUCUAGUUCCAGCAAAUUUGGUGUCACUACUACGCUCAGCACCCGAAGACAUAAAUACGAACAUUAAUGAGUCUCGUGUUACCUACUAUCAUCAAUUUCUCGAUAAAACCAAUGCUUGGAUGAAAUGGUGUGAUGAAAUGACAACAGUUCUCAUUCAUAUUGUCUAUUGGCUGAAAAGUUUUCAAAUCGAAAAUGCAAUAUCAUUGUACGCACAUUUAUAUCGAACGAGAGAUAAGUCAAAGGUAACGAUUGCAGAGAUGAUAAUACUUGUGCAAAAGACUUUUGCACUUGUUCAACCGUUCAAAGAUCUCCGAAGACUUUGUAGUAUGAUGAAUUGUUUAAUUUCAUUUCAAGUUCUCAAUCUGGCAACGAUCAAUCAAGAACAUUCAUCUUCGAAAUUUAUUGGACAAGUAAAGCGAUCUCAUCCAAAUAAUUUCUUCAAGAUUCUGGCUGAACAAAACUCUUAAAAUAAAACUAUUAAAAUUCAAGAACGUCAACGCAUUCAAUGGUUCAUCGCCAGCGAAAGAUUAGAAAUCAAUGUAAAAAUUACAUUUACUCCAGACGAUAAGCCUGGAAAACUGGAAGUGUUGUUUCUGGGCGAUAAAGUUGCUGUUGAUAAACACACGAUGGAAGGUGAAUUUGGAACUUUGAACAGUGGAAUGUUGACAAUAGAGGUGAAGAACGAACAAGGACGAGCUGAGCGAACAGUUUGGUUUCGUGUGAAACAAACGUCAUUAUCGAAAUCUCAUCUUUUCGAGGGAAUUUUCAAUAUCAUUUAUUCGUCAUCAUGCGGUGCACACGGUCGUCUUGUUUCUGAAAAAGACAUGGCCACAGUUUUGGAGCGAGUUUUCCACUUUACUGAUAGUCUUUUGGAUGGACAAAUGAAAUUAAAGGAUAUGGUCGAUUUGAAAGCGAUUUUUUGUAACAGAAAUAUCAAUGUUCGUGAUGAAGUCAAAAAGUUAUUUUCUCAUCGUUUCAAAGCCAAUAAUCAACAAGGAGAGAAAUUCAACAUUAUUUCUAAUGAAAAUGCUGAUCAAACGAUAGAUGCAAUCAAAAACUUGAGCGAUGAAAACUGUUCACUCAAAGACAUCACUGAAAAUUAUCGAAAUCUCAAACAACGAUUUCGAAAUUUAACCACUCAACAUUUACAAUUGAUUAAAACAGCAUCUGAAUGUCCGAAUGUUAUUCAAAUGAUGGAACGAGCCGAGUUACAUACAACUCAUGGACGACGUCGAUUUCAAGAACUAAGAGAUAAUUUAACAACACAGUUUCAACUUCAGGAAAGAAACAAUAUGAUCCUCAAUUCGUGGAUCAUCAUCUACGGACUUUGCAAACCUUUUACAAUGAAAGUACAAACUCUUGAAGAGUUUGUUGAUAUAGCCAAAUUACCUUAUUUCGAAGAUAUUCCUGUAACACAUAUGCAAAUUAUCAAUGAUAACAUUCAACUUGUCAAUAUGUGGCUAUCGGCUGAUGAAACUAAUGUAUUGGAUAACGCUUUGAUAACUAUGGAAUAUCUUUCUCGAAGUGGUGUUGUUCAUAUUCACUUAAGACGUUUGAUCAAUGAAGAAUCAAAAUUUGAAAUCGAAUAUUCGAUCGACAAACCUCAAACAUUGAUCAAAGAUGAUCUUGAAAAUCCAAUCGAUGAAAAUGCAGAACCAGAGAAAAUCAAAUUUAUCUUAACGAAAUCGGAAGUCGAUGAUCAUAAACGUCAGUUAACAUUUUGUAAUGCCAAUCUUUCUGAGGAGAUGAAGUCGAAGAAAAUUUUAUUAAAUGAACAACUGAAACUGUUGACCACAGUCAAUAACAUCUAUUUGAAGAUGAUUCAAUUGGAAAUGGCUGGUCAUCCAGAUUAUCAAUUGAAGCAAGAAACCCUUCAAUUGUCCGAUCGGACAGGUGAAAUUAGUCGAAUUUUAUCCCGAAUGAAAGAUAAUCAAAAUGAAGAAAUCGGCAUUUUGAAAAGACUCGUUGAAAGACAAACAGAUCAACUUCGUUUGAUCCACCAGCAAAUGGAAAUCAGUUACAAACUUUGCCUACAACAUUUGGACGAAUAUCGAACGUUGACCCGUCUAUUACAAUUAUUUUCCAAUCGCCAAUUGAUGAUUUUGAUCAUUCUCUUAACCAAAUCAACACCAGAUAAUCGAAUGAAAUGGAAUUUCCUGAAAAAAUUACAUUUAAAAACCGAUAUGAAUUUCACCGAUGAUCGAGAACUUCAACUAACAAUUCAAUCGUUGGGACAUUACUUACGUUCGUUGCGUCUGUCAGAUUGUGAUAUAUCGGUGGUGAAUAUCCAACGAUUGUAUGACAAACAUAAAAUACCAUCACGAUCUACUGGUGAAUACUGUUUACAAAAAUUAUCGGCAUUUUUAAAAGAACUUCUUAAUGAUGGAAAAGAAUUAUUUGUUGAAAGAACAUUAAUCAAUGGAAAUCAACAGUAUCUCGUCACGUUGACUCACAUAGAUCAACCAGCUGAACCAAAUCCACUCGAUCAUGAUCUCGAUAUGGAAAUAUUUUCAAUUCUUGUGAAUAUUCUAAAUCCUCGUUUACCAUCAUCGUUUCAAAUCCUUUAG